AUGAACAUUCCGUACCAAACCAGAUCCAGACCAGGUGAAAUUAAGCGUAUCUUAGAUAUCAUACCCCUCGAGCCUUUAGGUGAUUUGAAAGGAUGUAGGGAUAUUAUGGUUGAUGAGAUACAUCCAGAAGGAGUAUUAGGUGUGAUGAUGGACAAAAUUGAAGGCGCGAAGGAAGGAUUAGAAGGUGAUCUACCUUCUUUGAAAGACCAAGAUCGAAUGCAAUCGUAUAAUGGUCCGAAGAAAGCAGAAAGAUCUGAUCAAGAUCAAUACGAAUCGGUGAAAGAUACGUCUGCAUCGGAUCGUCUUAGUCCUGAUACUGGUUUUGUUUCUGGGCAGGAUGAGUACUCGUACAAAUUCGUAUCUGAUGGUAUAUUGUUUUGGUUGACGAGGUUGGCAAAAAGCACGAAAUGA